AUGCAAUCUGCCAUGUCAUCAAGGUCUGAAACUGGACAACAAAGAACUGAUCAGAACAGAUCACGAACUACCAUUCAAAAGUCGGAUGUUGUACAACAAAAUACAAACCAGAACAAACCACGACUAAACAUUCAGAAAUAUCAGGAGGAAGUAUUUAAAGAGUUACAGGAACUCAAAUACAGACGAGAUGAUAUAAACAAGGAAAUAUUUGAAUUAAACGAGGAAAAGAAAAAUUUGCACGUGGAUUUAGCUGGAGUUACGUCUAAACUAUCAAAGUUGAAUGAAAGCUUGUUUUCAAAAUCUGUCCAUAUAGGGGAGUUAAACCAGCUGGAGACCGACUACAAUAGAACAUUGAGGAAAUUAAUUGAAGGUUCAGAACUGUUGCUAAGGAGCAUGUCUCGUGCAACUGUUGAAAUAGAAAGACAGCAUACUGCAAAAACAUCAAAAACCUGUUGA